UGUCGACACUGUACCUUCGUCAUUGUGAUUGUAAAUCAGUCUCAGUUUAUUUCCGCAACUUUGCGGGAACAUCGACCUUUUUUUCAGCAAUAGAGAAAAAAUACGCGAUGUCUGACGAGGUCGCAAAAGCUCAAGCGGCUGUUGCAGAUUCCGAAGAUACAAUCUUCGGUAAGAUUCUGCGAAAGGAAAUACCCUGCACUUUCAUCUAUGAAGACGACCGGUGCGUUGCGUUCCACGAUAUUAAUGCCCAAGCUCCGACCCACUUUCUUGUGAUCCCAAGAAAGCCGAUCCCUCAGCUUUCCAAAGCCACCGAAGAGGACGAAGCACUGUUGGGUCAUCUGAUGUUGGUUGGGAAAAAGGUUGCUGCCGAGCAGGGAUUGGGUGAUGGAUUCCGUGUGGUUAUCAACGAUGGCAAAAAUGGGGCUCAGUCGGUAUAUCAUUUACACUUGCACAUCCUCGGUGGAAGACAAAUGAAGUGGCCACCGGGCUAAACUCUUCUCGUUUCAAUAGAAGCACGAGUUUAUAUUGGAAUAAAGAUCACUGGUUGAAGUUUAUUUUA